UAUCGCAAAUCGUGUAUUUGUCGCAAAAUCUCAUUACAUCAUCAUCUAGUACAACAUCAGCUGAUCCAUCACAAAUGUUUCACAAUGCCUUUGGGUGUUUUCUCGUUACACAACGUGCCUGUAUAGUAGAUAUUAAAAAUGUCUGCCUGUCUAGUGCAAGGAGCGAGUAGAGGAAUCGGACUACAGUUUUGCAGAUACCUCCUGAGAGGAGCUCCCAGCAGCACUGUCAUUGCAACAUGUAGAAAUCCAGGCGGCGCCACAGAAAUACAUGCCCAUCAGGCAGAGUUUCCAAGCAACCUGCACAUCCUGCCUCUUGAUGUCACUGAUGAGGGCUCCAUCCAGCAGGCAGCCAAUCAGGUGCAGCAGCAGCAUGGAGGAGGACUAGACCUGCUGAUCAACUGUGCCGGCAUCCUCCAUCCCAGUGGCAGGGGGGAAACCAGCCUCCGGGACGUCUCUUCUCAGGGUCUGUUAACAACCUUUAGCACCAAUGCUAUAGGACCAUUGCUGGUAGCCAAGUACUUCUCACCACUUUUGCAGAAGGGAACAGGAGCAUUUGGCCAACAUGCAUCGAACAAGCAGACGCAUACUGCAGUGAUGGCCAACAUAUCAGCCAAGGUUGGCUCCACAACAGACAAUGGCCUUGGUGGUUGGUACUCCUACCGUAUGUCCAAGUGUGCACUGAACAUGGCUACUAAGAAUCUCAGCAUUGAGCUCGGCCGUGGCAGGAACAAGGUGAUCUGUGUCAGCCUGCACCCUGGUACAGUGGACACAGACCUCUCCAGGCCAUACCACAAAAAUGUACCGGGUGACAAGCUGUUCUCCACAGAGCGGUCAGUGCAGUACCUGAUGGACAUUGUGAAUGGACUGACCAUGCAGCACACAGGCAAAUUCUUCACCUGGGAGGGGAAGGAGAUGCCAUUCUAGUGGUACAAUACCACAUAUGACUGGACAUGAACUUCACAAACUCUCAGGAACUGUUGACUGGGUGACUGUUCAGUUGGGAGGCAUCAAGGGACUUGAUAUUUAAGCUACUAUUUAA